AUGUAUACAUAUUUUCCAAGAAGAUAUUUGGGUAUUCCUAUAUUUGAUUUUUGUAACCGUUACUGCGCCUUUUUAUCUUUAUUCAAAUAUGUUGCUGACAUGGUACUGAUUGACUCAAAACUCCUACGACUCGUAUUCAAGUCGUUUAGCGUCCAUUAUAUUCUGGAAUACAAUUGUGUAGCAAUUCUUGUCACAGCAAUUUCUUAUGCAGAUCAAUGUUUCACAGGCGACAAACGUUAUGGUAGAAGGGUAAUGGUCAGAAAGGUUUUUACAAUUUUGACAAAAAAAUCGGAUAAAGUAGGGAAAUUUUGCCAGAUAUCGAAAAAUAUUGUGGCAUUUAUGGGCUGUUAA